UUCUCCUCCGCGGCUGUCGGGUGGCUUUCGCAGAAGCGAGUGGCGAGCGCCCUGCUCCAGUCCGGGCUGGGAACUGAAGUGUCGGAGCGGUGCUCCUGGAACCCGAGCUCCGGAGCGGCCGGCGCGGGUCGAAGGCCGGGGCGGCGCGCUCAGCUUCAGAGGCUCUGGCUCUGGACCGAGCGGGCUCGGAACUGCGCGGAGGGGCGGAACGCACUACCCGCCGGCCUGGCCCGCGCAGCAGCGGGGAGUCCGGGAGCCGGAGCGCGGAAGGCAGCACGGCGGCGGCCAGCCGGGGGCAGAGGGCAGAGUGCCGAGCGGCCUGGCUCGGCGAAGGGCGCCGCCCGGCCCGGCCUCAGCUCGGAGCCCACGACAGUGGCCAGCGGAGCCCGGCGGGCCGCGGGUCCUGAGCGCCUCCAGCCCACGGCGGGGGGCGUGCCUCCGCCUGGCCGCGCCGCCCCGCUGCCCGCCGCGUUGCCCGGGCAUGUGAGCGGGAAGACCAGGCUGCUGGCCGCCGGGACGUACGGAGCAGGAGCCGGAGCGCGGAGCUGCGACCCCGGGCCAGCGCCUGACCGAUUAUGUGCACACAUAUCAGCUGUGCCCCAAACCCGUUUGGCAGAAGAGCUUAGAACCUGGAAGAAGUGAAAAAAACUGAUACAUGCAUGCUGUAUAAUACAACUUGGGAAAGGGCACAUCACUGGUCCCCACUGCUGGAGGCAAGUCCCCCACCUCUCUCCUUCUCUCAGGAUGUCCAUGCGGAGCCCCAUCUCUGUGCAGCUGGCCCUGGACAGUGCUAGCACCAUGGUGAAUUGCACCAUCAAGUCUGAGGAGAAGAAGGAGCCUCCCCACGAGGCCCCCCAAGUCACGGCCACUGCAGUGGAGACCCAGCCUGGAGACCCAGCCCUGGCUCCACAGGAAGCGGCCAACUCACAAGCUCCAGCUCAGGACUGUGCCUCACCAGAGAGCAGUAUGUCCCCAGACCCCAAGAGACCAGCAGCUUCUGAGGCCGCUUCGGGAAGCCAGGAGCGGUUGGACUUCAACCGUAACUUACAAGAAGUUGUGCCGGCCAUUGAGAAGCUGCUGUCAGGCGACUGGAAGGAGCGAUUUCUGGGAAGAAGCUCUGUGGAAACCAAGGAUGUCAAAGGGACCCAAGAGAGCCUGGCUGAGAAGGAGCUUCAGCUUCUGGUCAUGAUUCACCAGCUGUCCGCCCUUCGGGACCAGCUCCUCACAGCCCACUCCGAGCAGAAGAACAUGGCGGCCAUGCUGUUUGAGAAGCAGCAGCAGCAGAUGGAACUGGCCCGGCAGCAGCAGGAACAGAUUGCCAAGCAGCAGCAGCAGCUGAUUCAGCAGCAGCACAAGAUCAACGUCCUCCAGCAGCAGAUCCAGCAGGUUAACAUGCCUUAUGUCAUGAUUCCAGCCUUUCCCCCAAGUCACCAGCCACUGCCUGUCACCCCUGACUCCCAGCUGGCUUUGCCCAUCCAGCCCAUUCCCUGCAAACCAGUGGAGUACCCGCUGCAGCUGCUGCACAGCCCUCCUGCCCCUGUGGUGAAAAGGCCCGGGGUGGCCACCCACCACCCCCUGCAGGAGCCCCCCCAGCCAUUGAACCUCACAGCCAAGCCUAAGGCACCUGAGCUGCCCAACACCUCCAGCUCCCCCAGCCUCAAGAUGAACAGCUGCGGGCCUCACCCCUCUAGCCACGGGGCUCCCACAAGGGACCUGCAGUCCAGCCCCCCCAGCCUGCCUCUGGGCUUCCUUGGUGAAGGGGAUGCUGUCACCAAAGCCAUCCAGGAUGCUCGCCAACUGCUGCACAGCCACGGUGGGACCUUGGAAAACUCCCCCAACCCCCCAUUCCGCAAGGACCUCAUCAGCCUGGACUCAUCCCCAGCCAAGGAGAGGCCAGAGGAGAGCUGUGUGCACCCGCUGGAGGAAGCCAUGCUGAGCUGCGACAUGGACGGCGCCCGCCAUUUCUCUGAGUCCCGGAACAGCAGUCAUAUCAAGAGACCCAUGAAUGCCUUCAUGGUGUGGGCCAAGGAUGAGCGGAGGAAAAUUCUGCAGGCCUUCCCAGACAUGCACAACUCCAGCAUCAGCAAGAUUCUUGGCUCUCGCUGGAAGUCCAUGACAAACCAAGAGAAACAGCCGUACUACGAGGAGCAGGCCCGCCUGAGCCGGCAGCACCUGGAGAAAUACCCUGACUACAAGUACAAGCCGAGGCCUAAGCGCACCUGCGUUGUGGAGGGACGGCGGCUGCGCGUGGGCGAGUACAAGGCCCUGAUGAGAACACGGCGCCAGGGUGCUCGCCAGAACUACGCCAUCCCCCCGCAGGCUGGCCAGGCACAGGUGAGCUCCUCAGAUGUCCUGUUCCCUCGGGCAGCAGGCAUGCCCUUGGCACAACCAUUGGUGGAGCACUAUGUCCCCCAGGGCCUGGACCCCAACAUGCCCGUCAUCGUCAAUACCUGCAGCCUCCGGGAGGAAGGGGAGGGCACAGAUGACAGGCACUCAGUGGCUGAUGGAGAGAUGUACCGGUACAGCGAGGACGAGGACUCAGAGGGCGAAGAGAAGAGUGAUGGGGAACUGGUGGUCCUUACAGACUGAUCCCCGGCCAGCUGGGCCUGGCCUGUCGCCCCUGGGGAAGACCUUGUUCCCAGCCAGCCAGCCUGAACUAUGUUGGUACUUGGACUUGGGUGUGCCCAGGUGAUGGGCAAAGCUGUGCACUUGUAGAUACAUUCCCAAGGUGGGGGGAGGGCUCUCCUCUUCACCACACCUUCAGGCACAUCUGAGGAGUUAAUGGACUGGCUGGGCGGGAUUCAUGUGACCAUGAUGAGGAGCCGAGCUGGCUGAGGUCUUUGGCCCUCGGGGCUAAUGGCCCGGGAACACUGGAUGUACCCCGUCUUGUAGGUCUGCCUACCUGAGGGGAUGGCGGAUACACACCUGUCCCCAAAAACGUGCUUUGUUUCCAUCUUGUCCUGGCCACCGCAGCCAUGAGACAACAUGUCUGCCCCAGAAGGUCCCACCCAGGUCACUCCUCUGUCACCUGGAUCACUUUGUCCUUUCUGCAGAAGGGUCUGCCUAUCCUGUCUUUGUCUUCCAAGUCCAUGUGCCUCUGGCUGUUGCGUGCGUGCGUGCGUGCCUGUGUGGGCACGUUGUCAUCUCGCUUCUCCGGGCAGAAGGUGUUUGCUAAGUGGCUGCUGUGAGCCAGGCAUGUUGAUGAGCUCUGUGACGUGUCUCUUGAUGCUUCUCUGGGGGCCUCUUCUGUGCUUCUUUGUCCCCAAAUUGCUACCUCUUCGUCAGUCUGGUGUCUCAGGUUCUGUGUGUUCUCUCCCAGUGUGCACUUCUCUGUUCCUCCGUCUGUCCGUGCUCCCACCCCACCCACUGGACUCUCUGACUUUCCAUAGGGCCCAGCCUGCCCCUGGGACUGGCAGUUUCCUGACCCUGUGCUGACCCCUUUUCUCCCUCCCGACUUUGCCAGUCAGUUCCCACGGAGUCAUUUUUAGCUCCUAGUACUGUGAGAGUGUGCCUCGGCCUCCACGGGGCUUUGUCCCGAGUCCCAGGCAUGGGGGCCAGAGGACUGAUGGCUCCUCUUUUUGUCAGUGACAGUCCUGCAGAGGGGACCCCAUGGCAGCUGGUCUCCAUCCCUUCUUCAUGAGCGUGGGGUGGGUUCCUUCCUCCCCCACUCCAUCCUGGGGAUUGGGCUUCACUCCUGAUGAACAUCCUGGUUCUUUCCCAAGAAAAUCAAAGACCAUUAGCACCUAGCUCCAAAGAUCUGGAACAGUCCCCAAGCCAGGGGAGGUGACCCCAAACUCCACAUGGCCAGGUGCCCCCCCCCCCGCCUGACCCUAUUUCUCUCCAGACUGUUUCUUUUUAUGACUGUAAACAUAGAUAGUGCUUUAUUUUGUUACUAAGAAGAUAAUGAUGAAUAACUUAACCAGCACAUUUGUUUUCUGAUGGCAUAAUAAAGACCGACCAUUUCAGA